GUCUCCACUCCAAGGAAAUGCACUGUACCUUCGAGUCGAGUAAAGAAACUGGAGUUGCAGUCUUUCAGCUGGACGCUAAAAGAUAACAUUUACUGGAAAAGGGGCUUCAGAGGAGGCGGUCAGUGCUCAGGUCAAGGUUGAGAGAACUUCUGAAUCCCUAGGAGAUCCUUUGAACCCUUCUUCUUCCAAUGUUUCAGUGGUUGAGGCCAUGGCCUCUCAGUCAGGGGCUCAAAACUAAAACCGACUGCUGCUUCAUGCGUUUCUCCACAUCUCUACUUCAGCUUGCUAAAACCAGCAACAGUCAGUUGAGCCUUGCGUGUGACGAUUUCCUGUAGAGGUCUACCACAGUGCGACAGUCUCUCACCCCUGCUCACAAACAUCAACAGAUCAGCAACAUGAACCGUGAGGACCGGAAUGUGCUCCGAAUGAAAGAAAGAGAAAGGAGAAAUCAAGAAAUCCAACAGGGAGGAGGAGGAGAGGCCUUUCCAGCAAAUUCCCCCCUCUUCCCUGAACCCUACAAAGUGGCCAGCAAGGCAGAUUUACUGUCCAACCGUAUCCAGAGCAUGUUGGGCAAUUACGACGAGAUGAAAGAGCCGAUUGGUGACACUCUUCCAAAGCUUCCUGGUAAACCUUCAAACAGCUCGUCUUCCUCCGAGGAGAAGUCCGGCCCGCCGUUGUUUGGCGGAGACCAGCGAGGUGUGGGUAGUGGAGGUGGUAGCCAGAGCAGUAAGUGGACUCCUGUAGGCGCACCACCAGGUGGAUCUUCCUCUCAAUCACAGAAGCGUUCCGGACUCUCAGGUGGACACAGCAGCCAGAGGAACAGCAGCAGUAAUAGCGGCGGCAGCAGUAGCCAAAGAGGGGAAGUGCGGGAAAAGAAAUCUAGUAAGCACAGCGGAGGCUCGGAGCAUUCGAAGUCUCACACUUCAAGUCCGGCGAAGGGUUCGUUGAGUUCUUCCAGCAGUCACUCACGGAGCUCCUUGUCUGCUGAACAGCAUCACCCCAAGUACCGCAACAAGUCACCCAGAGACAGAGAGGCUAACUGGGAUUCCCCCUCACGGGUUCACACGUCUUUCCCCAGCGGGCAGCACUCAAGUCAAACCUUCCCCCCGUCGCUCGUCUCCAAGCCCAGCUCCAUGCUGCAAAAGCCCACGGCUUACGUGCGGCCUAUGGACGGCCAGGAAACGGCCGAACCCAAGAGCUCACAGGCCGAAAGCUACGGCGGCCAGUCACACAGCAGCACCAUGGGAGAAGUGAAGACCAUGGGCAAAGCUUCGCUUACAAAACUCAAGAUCCCGUCCCAGCCUGUCGAGGGAUCCAGUGAUGCCAACUGUGUCGAUGAAAUCCUAAAGGAAAUGACUCAGUCAUGGCCUCCUCCACUUACAGCCAUCCACACUCCCUGUAAAACAGAACCCUCCAAGUUUCCAUUCCCCACCAAGGAUACACACUCUUUUCCAAGUGGACAUAAGCGUGGUAGUUCAUCAAAGAGCUCCAGCAGCCAUCAGCCUAAAGAUAGCACCAUGCUGAAGGAAGAUCUGAUAGUAAGUAGCAGCGAGGACAGCGAUGGGGAACAAGAACCCAAGAAUGCCUCAAGGAACACAUCAGCAAGCAAUAACAGUGAAGCUGCCGAGCCAUCCAGGGACGACUCGAGCAGCCACAGCGGCUCCGAGAGCAGCUCGGGUUCCGACAGCGAGAGUGAGAGCAGCACGACGGACAGCGAGGCCAACGAGCGCCCACGGACCGUCUCUCCUGAACCAGAACAGCCUGUGACCAACAAGUGGCAGCUGGACAACUGGUUCAAGAAUGUUCCACCCAAGUGUAAAAAAGAAGGCCGUGACUACAGCUCCAAAGACUCAGCCCCACCACCACCGAGCAGGGACAAGGGUACAGAGGGUGGCCGGGGGCGACAGAAGUCCCCCGCCCAAAGUGAAGGGGGAACAAAUCCCAGAAUACGAGUCGGUAAAAAACAGCCUAAGAAGUCUGAGAAGCCCCCAGUGGUGGAGGAACCUAAGGGAGGUCUGAAAGUGGAGACUGAGCCGGCUCCAGAGAUUCCUCCUCUCCGGCCCAUUGCUGCCACAAAAGGCUCACGCAAACCAAGCAUCAAAAAAGAACCCAAGUCUUCUCCACGGCCAUCGGCAGCUUCUGUCACCACAACCACAGACAAGCGGAAGGCCAAAGCGCCCACCAAAUCUCGUGAAAUUCUUUCUACAGACUCUUCUUCGUCUGAUUCCGAGGGAAAUGACAGCAUUCCGUCCUCGUCGCAGACUCCCAAGUAUACGGAGAGCAUCCGGACCCCCGUGUGCGUUUUCUCUCCCGUGUUGUCUCCGCUCAGUGACCCAGAGGAGCGCUACCCCACAAGACAACCUCAGCAGCAAGUUUUACUCGUCAAGAUUGAUCUCAGCUUGCUGUCCAGGAUCCCAGGGCGGCCAUACAAGGACCUUACAGAGAUUAAAGUGGAGAGGGAAGAUUCUCAAGAUCGAGAAAGCACUAAGCAGAGCAAGUCCAAGAGAAAACACAAGACCGAUGAGGAAGGCACGAAGCCAGAGAGUAAGCGAUUCAAGCCAGAUGAUAAAACUCAGUCUCCUCAUAAAACCAGCAGUAAAGAGUCAAAAAGACCUUUGGAGAAGAAAGAGGAGCCGGUACCCUCUCCCUCCAUAUCGGGUCCUCAGCGGACACCCAAGUCGGACCAUCCAAGUCGAAAGGGGACAGUAAACCAAUCAUCUACGUUGCUAUCGAGUGGCAACAUGAGUAAAAAAGCGGGUAGCCAUGGGAGCAAGGGUAGCUCCACGUCCAAACACAAAAAAGGAGACGACAAGGGACGCAGCACGCGCGAAGGCAAAGUUGAUGAGAAAAUAUCUACUAACCAGCUGGCUGUGCCUCCUCUUUCCACGGAUGGCUCUCGGUCUCAGAGAUCCAAGAUGAUGUUUGAGGACAGGGUUCAUUCAGCUGAUCACUACUUGCAAGAGGCUAAGACACUCAAGCACAAUGCAGAUGCACUGACAAACCGUUUUGAAAAGGCAGUGUACUACCUGGAUGCCGUGGUCUCGUUCAUCGAAUGCGGUAACGCUCUGGAGAAGAGCGCGCAAGAAGCCAAGUCACCCUUCCCGAUGUAUGCUGAAACAGUGGAACUCAUCAGAUACACUAUGAAGUUAAAAAGCUACAUGGCCCCAGAUGCCACUUCAGCAGACAAGAGGCUAGCUGUCCUUUGUCUCAAAUGCCAGUCUCUUCUCUAUCUGCGAUUGUUCAAGCUGAGGAAAGACAGUGCUCUAAAAUACUCCAAAACUCUCACAGAACAUUUGAAGAAUUCCCUGAGUAACACCCAGGCUCCCUCUCCUGGAAUGGGAAAUAAGGCAGCAGGAAUGCCCUCUCCUGUGUCACCCAAACUCUCACCAGGCACAGCAGGAAGCUACUCAUCAGUCAGCAGCAACAGCAGUGCUAGCUCAUCUGUGACCAUACCUCAGCGUAUCCACCAGAUGGCUGCCAGCUACGUCCAGGUCACCUCUAACUUCCUGUACGCCACAGAGAUCUGGGACCAGGCGGAGCAGGUUUCCAAGGAACAGAAAGAAUUUUUCGCUGAGCUGGACAAAGUGAUGGGUCCUCUGAUCUUCAACACCAGCAGCAUGACAGAACUGGUGCGUUACACUCGGCAGGGUCUCCACUGGCUGCGACUGGACGCUAAUCUUAGCCACUAGCGAGGACUUGAUCACUGCAAGCUGCUUCCUCAAACAAACACACACAACACACACACACACUCACACCUCAGCCUUUCAUACUUAGCGCGUGCUCAAGACACAAGACGGAUACAUACUCUGUAAACACAGCCCACCUCUGGUCCUCCAUGUAUUCUUAUGCUGUUAACCUCUGAGACAUAUCUCCAACACUGUGUCCAUUUUUCUGCACCAGCUUGCCAAAACAACACUGAGCAAUUUAGAAAAUCUCACACCUUCAGCAGCACCACAUCAAAUAUCCCAAGAACGUCUGGCCUCGCUUCACAUUUUGACGCUUUUAUUAAAAUUUUCAAGAUCUUUUUUUUAUCUCUUCUGCUAAAAGUGCUGUGGGAAUUAUUUCUUAUGAGUACACUAAACCUGUGAUUUUUUUCUUUGGCUUUUUAGGCUACUUUGGCUUUUAACUUUAUUUUUAAACUUUAUUUCACCAAAGUACCUCCCAGAAACACCAAAGGUGCUUUAAAAUGAAGGUUUCUCUUUAUCAUUUUUGUGCCUUGUAAAUGAGCUACAGGAAAAGUCACAAAUACAAUCUGAUUUCUUUUUUAAUAUGUUUUUCCUCACUUGAUGGCAUUUCAAUCAUCUUUUAGUAGCAAAUUAGGGCUGGCAGUUAUACUUUAAAAAAAACAAAAACAAUUUUAAGUCUUUUUAAGAGGAUUACAGAGAUGGUCAGUUUCAGCUCUCUGGAGGAAAGUGUAGGGAGGAUUCUGACCAAAUUUAAAAAUACCAGAAUGGGCUUCAGGUGAUGCGGACUCAUUCUAAGAUCAUUUUUUAAAUGGUGUAAUUAUAUUUGUCAGAGACAGUCAAUAAUUUAGAUUCUUGUAAAACUGGAGAAAGUUAGCUUAAUAAUUUAAACUUAUUCUAUCAACAGCUCCUGAGAGACACUUUUAUCGCUACAUUGUUUUAGAAAUUUCCUCAAGCAAGGGCCACUCCCACAUGGUGUUAUUCGCUUGUUUUUGAUCCCUUUGUUAACAGUGUAUUUUUCUAAGGAACUGCAGGGAUUGUCAAAAGUAUUGCAGAUUGUGUCCACACAUACAAUGCAAAUGCAGUUAUUUAUUCUGUAGUUUUUAAAACAAACCAAGGUUUUUCUGAUUCGUCAGGGCUAAGACAAAUUAAAAGUAAAGAUGAGAUUUUUUUUUCUUGUAAGAGGGACAAAUCUUAUCAUUGAAGAGAUUAGCAGUGUUGUAUUUAUGUGAGAAAGAUUUUGUAUAUCUCAGAAAAGAAAUAUAACGACCUCUAUAGAUUCUAUUUAUAUGCCAAGCAGAUCAUUUGUCUUUUUGCUAGAGCAAAAUGCAAGACUCAUUGGGGGGAAGUAUAUGAACAUGUGUUUGUACUGUUGUUGUUGUUAUUAAGCAAUGACAUUUUUAAAAUUGAAAUUACCGUAUACUUUUCUUACAAGGAAAUUGGAGACGCAUUGAGUAACUACAGCUGGUUGUUCUCCAGAUAUGUUGAAUUACUGAUGCUAAUAAAGCUUAUAGUUAAAGAUGCACCAACUAGGCUUCCUAUUUUCUUUUAAAUCAGACCCACACGUGAUGAUUUUGACCAAUUUGGAUAUAUUUUUCCUUUCUAAAAGAACAUAACACGGAAAACGGGAAAUGCGUUCUCCAGGUUCUUUGAUGAAUCCAUGAAUCAUUUGUUUUGAUCAUUCAUCUGUUAAUCUCAAAAAGUUGAAAUUCACUUGGUUGACACUUUUAUAUACUGAAAAUAGAUUACAUUUAGUGAACUAGGGGGAAAAAACAUAAUUUUCUCUAUUUGAGCUGCAGAUCAAGGUUAAAAUUGUCUGAUUUGAUCUCUGACUGAUUGGUGCAUCUAUAGUUAUAAUGCUUAUGGACUUUUAGAUGCCAUUGUCACUACUUGGAGAAACUUUUAUUUUUGAUUCUUCAGACAACAUGCUGGAAAUCCCAAGCUUGGGUCAAAUAGUACUGUGCUAAAAUUAUUGGUUGAUUUUUCUUGAUAAAAUGAGAAAGUGCCACAAAGUUUAGAAGAUUUAUUUAGCUUCUUUUUUUAUUUUUAUUUUUUUUUGUAUCUAAAUACUGCUUACGGUUUGGCCCAGCUUGGACCAUUUUUCUUGUUGCUUGUAUAUUUUAGAGUUUUCCACUGGCUCCCUGGACUUCUGUUGCUAGAGGGAAUACUGUUAUUUUCUCUUAUACUUCAAGAGGAAAAAGUCAGAGGAGGUAUUAUUUUUAAUCUAUGCAGGAUUUUUACAAAAAAAAAACAAAAAAAAUUUUUUAAAGGGAUAUAAAUCAUUUUUAUGCUUCAGAUUUUUCUUCCUUUUUUCCACCUCAGUGAGAAACCUGUUCAACUCAAGCGGCCAAUGCCUUUAGCUUUUGCAAUUUUCUGUAAUGUUGUAUAAUAUUUGUGUAUAUAAUAAUUAUUUGUUUUUUAUAACCAAACACAAAAGCUGGAGUCGUCCUUUCUUCAGUGGGUUUCGCUGACCCAAUCACUGUCUUCAUACACUGGUACACUUUGUAAGUUAAGAUCUGCGCCUUGUGCUCCUUACACUAUCUCGUAAUGAAAUUUAAAAACAGAAAAUAGCAUUAGAAUAAUCUUUAGCAGUUUUGCUACUCACGCUUAUUUAUUUUUUUGCCCAUUUGUUUUCUUUUGUUUCACCUUUUUAACAAAUAUUUUAUGAAAUAGCAAGAUGUAAAUGUUUCUGAGCUGUUGAGAUUUUUUGUAAGUAGUAAUUGAUCUAACUUGAACGAAUCCAGGGUAAGAUGAAGUUAUUGCUUUUAUUAUUUUUUUUUUCUUCUUUUUGGACAUUCGUUAGGAAGAUGUUAACACUUGCAUGUUUCUAUUUAAAUACAGUUGUAUAAAUUGUAAAUAUAACAUGUCUUUAAGGGUAACUUUUUACUCCAGGUUGGCAUUUUUUUAUUAAAUUGAAAAGGAAAAAAAUGCUGUAAAUAUAUUGUGAGACUUUAUGCACAUUUGUUUUUCCUCUCUUCCCCCAAGUUGUUACAGAUGAAAUCCCAGUGUGUUAACACUGUAAAUCAAAUUGAUUUCUCCAUUUUUCUUCGAACGUGCUUGUAUACUUUGUCUUCUUCUCACUGUCAUAGUAUCACGGUCACCACAUAAUUGGUAACGUCUCUUAAAUCCAAAUGCGGAUAUUUUUUGUCUUCUCUGUAUUUGAUAUUGAGCUGUGUAUUUCAUUAAGUGUAUAUUGUUGAGCUCACGUGUCGGAUGGAUGACAUGUACAGUCUGUUGUCUGCUUCCUCCUGAGAAAGAGAGACAUGAAUUUACCGUGUCCAACAUGUCUUUUGAAACUGAGGGAUUUCGCCUCACCUCAGAGCAGUUGUAGCAGUUUCUACAGUAUGUUGUAGAAGAACUUUUCUAAAAAAGAAAAAAGAAAAAAACAAGAAGCCGUCUCUGUAAGGAGACCAGUAGCUUACACAAUGUACAAUAAUCUGAAUUUGGCUACUUUUAAGAGAACUGAUAGAGAUACUAUAUAUGAUGGAUGCAAUAUGUUUUAAAGGUACCUGUUGAGUUUGAUCUUCAAACUUAGGUUAUGUAAUUUAAAAGCAUUCUUGUGAAGUGAGUAUUAAUUGUGACUAAUGGGAGUCUGUCCUAAAUAUUCUUUGUAUUUUGCCGUAUUGAGAAUAAAAUAUAUAUAUAUAUGGA